AUGGUGUCCUUCUGGCCUUGGAAGGGUAGCGAAGACGCCGCCUCUUUCGAGAGGACGCUCAACACUCUCACCGGCAAGAUCAACAGAGCCGCCGCGCGCAAUGACAAACAGAAGCAGCUCGCGCGACGCGCACGCGUCAUGUGGACGCUGUAUGCCGGUUUCGCCUACAUUCUGGCUGCGAUGAUUCUCACCUUCGUGACGGGAUGGCAGAACUGGGGCCCUAUCGAGGGCAGUGUUGUCGCUGGAGGGCCAGUACUACUCUACGGCAUCCGUUACGCGCUCAUGAGCUACUUCGACUACCGCAUUCGCAAUACCGACAUCUACCUCAAGAAGCUGAACAAGGAACGCGACGCUACCAUCGAGCGCCUGAAGGAAGCCACCAAGUACAACUCUACCCAACAAUUGCUCGAGAAGUAUGGAGCAUCGCCCAAGAAACCUGAGCAGCCACAGCAGGGCAACUCUCCCGGUCGCAAGAAGCCUCAAGGCCCUCAAAUGUCAGUGCCGCCUCCAGGACCCCGCACUGGCAUGGCACCUCCCCCAACGGCCAACAUCCAGCGACCUCAGUCCCAGCACCGCCCAAUUACCCCACAAGAGAUUCCUUCGAAUGUCUCGUCACCCCAGGGCCCGCCUCCGACGCAACAUCUACCCCCACCAGAGGCUCCCGGAGCUGAAUUCGCGCCCAAUGCUUUCAGUGGUGGUCCCGACCUGACCAAGCAGUACACGCAAGACUCGCCCGCCGCCUUCACACAAACCCACUGGUACGAUCGCAUCCUCGACGCUCUCCUUGGCGAAGACGAAACACAGGCUAAGAACCGUUUCGUCUUGAUUUGCUCAGAGUGCCGACUCGUCAACGGACAAGCACCGCCCGGCGCCCGCACCCUCGAAGACGUCGGCCGAUGGCGAUGCGGUGGAUGUAGUGCGUGGAACGGAAAGGAGAAGCCCCGCGAAGACGACGUUACGCGUCUUGUGCAAGGCUGGGAGGCUGAGCGCAAGGCUAAAGAUGCGCAUCGCAGGCGGAGUGUAGACAGGGGAAUUGAUUCUGAUAACAGGGAGACUGAGGAGGACGAUGGUGGCAUGAUUGGAGGUAAGCAUGAGAGUUCAGGGGUGGAUGUUGCGGCCGAUAGUGGCGAGGAUACGCCGCCGCCGAGUCGGAAUACGAGAAGCAAAUCAAGGGGGAAGGCGAAGAAGUAG